GGGCUUGUGUUCAGAGAUGGCGGUGUCUGAAGUCGUGGUGUUGGUGCUCUUGCUGCACCUCGCUGCAGGGCAGGAUACCAACUGUGAUUUCACGCAAAACGUUCAAGCAGGUCAAGUGUACUAUAUAUACAGCCCCGGCUACCCUCAAAACUACACCGGCGCGCGGCAGUGUCGCUGGAUCGGGAUCUGCCCCUCGGGCUACCGCUGCCGGCUGGUCUGCCCGGAGAUCCUUUUACCCGCGAGUUCGGGGUGCUCCGUGGACCGGCUGCUGAUCUCCCGGAGCGGGGACCCACAGCUCGCCGGCGGCGACGUGUACUGCGGGCGAGGCUCCACCUCCGUCGUGUCCACCGGCCAGCGGAUUAGCGUCGGAUUAAUCACAUCAGCCACGACCAAAGGAGGCAGAUUCUACUGCGAACUGCGGGCGGAGGCAGCAACGCCGACUCCAACACCGUGUAGCUGCGGCUAUAGGAAGAGGAACCGCAUCGUCGGCGGCCAGGAGACAGGCGUAAACGAGUUCCCAAUGAUGGCCGGCGUCAUAUACUUGGACCAGGAACAAAUUCGGUGCGGAGCCACCAUCAUAGCCCCGCGAUACGUGGUGACCGCUGCCCACUGCGUGGUGGGCAGGGCCGCUAGCGCACUGGCCGUCGUGGUUGGCGAGCACGAUAAGACCACUGGUGGAGACACAUCUGCAACACAAGGAUUUAAUGUGGAACGCGUAACAGUUCACCCUCAAUACACAUCUUCUAACUACGAUUAUGAUAUCGCCAUCUUGCGGUUGGCAAGGGACAUCGUGUACAGCGACCGCGUGGGCCCCGUCUGCCUGCCGUUCAAGUUUGUCAACACAGACUUUGCUGGCAGUCGGUUCACCUUGUUAGGCUGGGGCUCCCUGUUCAUCGGCGGGCCCGUGUCCAACACGCUGCAGAAGGUGGACGUGGACGUGUUGAGCCAGGCCGCGUGCCAGCGAGUCGUGUCCUCGCUCACGCCGCGCCAGGUCUGCCACUACACUGCCGGGAAAGAUGCCUGCCAGGAUGACUCCGGCGGUCCGGCGCUGUACACGGACCCGUCCACGAACCUGCUGUUCCUGGGCGGCAUCAGCAGCUACGGCCGCCUGUGUGCGCAGAGCGGCCAGCCCGGCAUCAACACCAGGGUCACUGCCCUGCUCACCUGGAUAACCACCAACACGCCCGACGCCACGUAUUGCUAUAAAUAAACUGGUGCGAUGCAUA